GGUAGCGCCCACAGUUUGUCCACUGGCUCAAGACGAGCAGUGGUCAUCCGUGGGUUGCAGGCUAUUGAAGAGGCGCUGCUCACCAAGGCUGCAGACUUCUCUGGUAGACCACAAGACCUCAUGCUCAGCCAUGUUGCCCAGUCUAAAGCAUCGGGAUUGAUCCUGUCAGAUUACGGUCCAGUUUGGAAGGAGAACCGACGUUUUAGUCUGAUGACCUUAAGGAACUUCGGCCUCGGGAAGCAGUCCAUGGAGGACAGGAUCCUGUCAGAGACAGAGCGCCUCAUGGAGCCGCUGCAGAAGAGUAUCGGUGAAACCAUGAACCCUCAAGUUUUGUUCCAUAAUGCUGCAUCCAACAUCAUCUGCCAAGUGCUCUUCGGUAAGCGCUAUGACUACGAUGACGACUUCAUCAAGCUGAUAGUUUGUGUUUUCACAGAAAAUGCCAAGAUAGCCAAUGGACCCUGGGCUAUGCUGUAUGACUCCAUCCCUGUGUUACGCUGCUUACCUCUGCCCUUCAAGAAAGCCUUCACUAACAGUGAGAUUGCCCAUCAAAAGGUUCAAGGCCUGUUGGCUGAACAUGAACUGACCAGGGUACCUGGAAGUCCACGUGAUUUCAUGGAUUGUUACACGGUUGCGCUGGAUAAGAGCCAGAAUGAAAAAGCAUAAUUUUCCAAAGACCAGCUUAUCACAAAUGUCCUGGAUCUUUACUUUGCUGGGACGGACACCACCUCCAACACCCUGCUUACUGCCUUCCUUUAUCUGAUGACCCACCCACAGAUACAGGAGUGUCGUCAGCUGGAAAUAGAUCAGGUUUUGGAGGGUAAGAAUCAGGCCAGUUUCGAGGACAGACACAAGAUGCCCUACAUGCAGGCUGUAAUCCAUGAAGUCCAGAGGAUAGCGAACAUCGCUCCCCUCAGUGUCUUCCACUGCACCACUGCUGACACAGAGCUCAUGGGAUACUCAAUACCAAAAGGAACUUUGAUCAUCCCUAACUUGACCUCAGUGCUAUAUGAAGAGGGACAGUGGAAAUAUCCUCACGACUUCAACCCUGAAAACUUCUUGAAUGACAGUGGGGAGUUUAUUAAGCCAGAGGCCUUCAUGCCCUUCUCCACAGGUCCUCGGGUGUGUCUUGGAGAGAGUCUGGCUCGUAUGGACCUCUUUUUGAUCAUAGUGACUCUGUUGAGGAGGUUCCAGUUCAUUUGGCCAGAAGAUGCAGGGCAGCCGGACUUUACUCCUGUAUUUGGUAUCACUCUAACACCUAAACCGCACUGCAUGAAGAUCCGUCUCAGAGUAGCUGAUUAG